UCUGCAGAUAAUGUGAUUUUUCUGUGUCACAAACGCUCAAUGUGCUUCAGCCUUCAACUCCCAAAUUUCAUCGAUUUCCUGCAAAAUCCCAUCAAAGCAAAAUCACGGCAAGAUUUUUAAACCCAAACAAUGUCGAUCAUCCAGACGUCUCUCUCAAUCCAAACCCUCCCGCAACAUCUGUCAUUCUCUAAGGCCUUGACGGGUCCAACUCCGACCCUGCUCUUCCUCCACCCAAAACCCUCUCACCCUCUGCUCCGGACCCAACCCAUCACACGCAAAACCACGACCAUUCGGAUGGGCGGAGGCCCCAGGACGUUCCCGGGCGGCGUGUCCAAGUGGCAGUGGAAGCGAAUGCAGGCCAAGAAAGCGAAACAACUCCUCAAGGCUCGCCUCGCCCGCGAGCGCCAGAUUUACGAGAUGCGAAAGCGGGCCGAGCUCAAAGCCGCCGUGUCCGAGCUCGAGCGGCCAUGGGAGGUCGUCGAGAGAGCCCCCAACUUGUUCUCUGUCGGAGCAGACGAGCAACUUAAGGUCUUGGCCGAUAGGUUCCAAAGGCCAGGAGGGUUCGACAUGUGGACCGAGAGGGACGGACCCCAGUUGUUCGACACCGUGGAUGAGUUGCCCUCCGCGAGGUUUUUUCCCAAAGGGGUUGUUCAUAGCGUCAAACCCUAUCGAAGAAAUGGUGGGUUGGACGAAUCAAACGGUGUCGAGGAGGGUUUGGCUUUGGAUUCUGAAAGUGGGUUUAAGAGUAAUAAGAGAAGUUCUGUGAGGAAAUUGCCUGGUGGGUCUUGUAGUGAAUGGGAAGGUGAGGAUUUAUCGGAAACCGAGGGGUCAUAUCGGAAAGAUAGUUUGGAAGUAUCGGGGCUGAAUGGAGGAAAUGGGAAGAGGAACAAUGGAAAAUUGAGGAAGAAUGGGAAUAGGAGGAGGUUUGGGAACGUGGGUUCGAAUGGUUCGAGUGGGUUGGAUUCAGGACAAGUUGCUUUUGAUAGGAAAGAGAAAGCGAAGGGUUCCAUUAUGCGUGGGUAUGAGUUAAAGGAUUCAGAGUCUGACGUUUAUGAUAUGAGUUUGCAACAAGAUGGAACUUUUGGGUUCGACCAAGAAUUAAGUCAUUUGGAAUUGGAGCCUUAGCAAGGAAGAGGGUGGGUCUCUGCUUCUGGGUGGUGCUGUGAAUUUGCUUGGUAAUGCUUUCAUCGAGUUUAUGCAAGUGAAGUGAUCAGACAAAGAGCAACACUGCCCACAAAGUAUGUGUGUACAUUUUAUAUUAUGUUCUUACUCGUGGCAACUAAGCUGUAAAUGUAGGCUUUAGUCAUUGUAUGUACGUAUUGUUGAAUGAAAAUUUGGCUCGUAUAUGUUUCACUCUUUCCUGAACUUGAUGUCACUCAAAGAUUGCUAUAUAUUAAUAGUAUCUCAUAUACCUUUGAAAAUCAA